UGGCCCCCAUACAAUCUCACUCUUGCGUUCAUCAAAGCUCAUCCCACCACGUUAGACCAGAAGGAAUCGACAUACCAUUAUUCAUAUCCACCAAAAAAGAUGAAACGAAAGCUCACUGCUGCAAAUGAAACCUCUGAAAAGAGGCAACCCAGACAAGUCCCAGUGUCUUGCGAAUCGUGUCGCAAGAAGAAGCUGAAAUGCGACCGUACUCUCCCAUGCAGCAAUUGUUCGGCACGGCGCAUAUCGUGUAGUUUCGGUGAUUAUGGCCCAGCCGGAGGCAGUAACAUACUAGCCAGGCCCGGCACCCAGACUGAAUCCUCCCCACCAGCACAAGAAAGGUCUGAAUCAGCUCGUCAACCCACCGUGGAGUAUCUUGAAGUCAGUCAGGAAAAGAGGGCCAAAGAUGAGCCAUUCAAUACUGCCACUCGUCUGGAAAACAUUCUCAUGGCUCAUCGAAUUCCGAGUGCUGUUCCGUCCACAGUACGCCGACACCUCUCACAGCCGCGUCUUGGAUCAGCUGGCUCGCGGCAAGGAUCCACCACAGGAAGCUUGUCGAGUCUGAUUCACGGUGGAUCUCCCGCCACCGAACAUAAUCCCAUUCAUGUGCCAAUAAUUUCAUAUCUGCCUCCUGAAAGUGAGAUGAUGGAACUCUUUGAUUUUUAUUCUACAUAUCUCGACUAUCAAUACCAUCUGGUGAUUAUCCAUCGUACCAAGAGGGACAUACAUGAACUCUACGCCGCGAUUGCACGGAACGAGCCACUUGACUAUGGAAUCCUCGCCUUGUCAUUCAGCAUUGCUUCUGUUGCUCUUUUGUUCCAACUCUUAUCCUCCCAGUCGACAGAAUAUGCGGAGGAGAAAAGUGGUGAAGCAGCAUUCCUCGCGGGAGCGGCAUUGAUUCAAGGAAACUACAUGACGUACCCAAGUGUUGCGGGACUGCAAGCAUGUCUUAUCAUUGCACAUCAUACAUCUGGACUCGCACUGGAUCCAUCUGUUGGUUCUUUAUUUAUGCAAGGUGCUAUAAUAACUCAGGCGAGGAGUCUCGGUCUUCACAUCUUGGACAGCCCCCAAUCAAUAGAGGAACGUGAAGCAAAUGGUUAUAACAAGACAGAAUUGGAGCUGAAGCGGAGAAUAUGGUGGGACUUGGCAACCUACGAUUGGCUCAUCAGCUUCUUAAGUGGCCCACAGGAGUAUACCUAUUCCAUAUUUCCAGAGCAUAUGAACGUGAACCUUCCUUUGAACAUCGAAGAUGAAGACCUCGAAACUGGAAGCGAGCGACCACUCUCCACGCCGACCAUAAUGUCAUAUACGAUUGGUCGUCUAAGAUUAUCCGAAGUUUGCCGAGAGAUAGUGAACAGAACCGCCUCAAAACAUUUCCAAGGCGGCGAAAUGCCCUACGAGACAAUUCUUGAACUAGACAAAAAGCUCAACGAGGCAUAUGCCAACGUACCUGAUUACUUCCGCUUUGAGCCAUCCAUGCGACGGAAGUAUGCGAAUCUCUAUCGCGAGCAACCAAAAAUAGCCUGGCAAAGCGCAUUCGUCCAACAAGGAUACCAAGCUCGUUUUUGUCGACUCCAUCGAUGGCACUUUAUUCGUGGUGCAAAGGAUCCGCGAUAUUCUUACUCACAUGUAGUGUCUAUGCAGUCAGCUCGCAAAGUACUUGAACUAAAACGAAUCAUGGAUGAGGAGGGGAUGGCGCCUCAUGGAUCAUUCUUCUGGGCAGUUAUGCAUCAUGUGUUUCUGGCAGCCGUCACUUUACUCAUAAAUGUCUGCUUCAACUGUGAUGACAUUCUUGCCGAGAGGCAAAAAGAGGAGGUCCUUGAUGCUUGUCGUAUGUUGAGUCGGGCUCAGGAGGUUUCUUCGAUUGCCAGGGAAGGAAUCAAUGAGAUGAUGGGAACUUUACGCAAGCAUUGGAAGCAUGAAAAAAGGUCAGGAUCUGGAGAAAGGCAAUCAGUGCCGCAGUAUCGUGUUGAAGCGCAGCAGCCAACGCCCGUCAGUGGCACUUCGCAACAGAGUGGAAGCCAAUUUUCGCACUCCGCUCAGUAUCCCCUGACAUCAGACAAUAUGUCAUUUGAUGCGGGUAAUGAUCUGAGUGUGGUUCCGUUGGAGGAUCUGUGGAGUGAAAUGCUUGAUGACAGUGCUCAUGUUGGAAUUGAUACCCCGGGAUUGAUGGAAAUGUUGACUGAACUGAGUGCCACCACCCUCCCAUGCUAA